AUAAUAAUAUUAUUACACAAUAAUGAUAUUUUACAUUGUAAUCUUGAUAUUUCUAUGCGUGUCUAUCCAUGCCCCUUUGUAUUACGGACAGGAGGGUGUACGGGCCUUGCGUACCCGCCUAGGUGCGCCUAUCUAUUUAGGCCCUUAAAAGAAAAACGAAACUGCAAUAUCACUUAAAAUCAAGUUUUGUUGGUCAUAACGCAAACGUUUUCAGCUGCAUCAAAAUAGCAAUAGACCAACAAUUACCAAAUGACCACAUCUCAUGUUAAGACCAAUCCGCCUACACGGGCCCAAGUUCAUUUGCUAUUUAAACAGCGUGGGUGCUGCACAGGAAAAUAACUGCGUCAGUGAAACUUGCGAUAAGGUUAUCACCGCGUCGCGUCGAGUGUAAUUCGCCGAGUGUAAGACUGAGCCCUAAAGUCAUAUACUGUGCCCUCUUAGUCCGACACAUCCAUGACUUUUGGAAAUGUUAUGCAACACAUAACAGGUCACGGAGAAUAUUCAGAAUGUAUGGGGGCUUUAUUGUAAUGUCCCACCUGACUUUACCAAACAUGUGGAGCGCAUUUACAGCACCCCGAAUGUCCUCCUAUUAGGCAACGGUGCGUGUUUACAUGUCCCGCCCCUUUGCAAGUUUAGCGUAAAUGUGCUCAGUCUAUGUCGACUUUAGCAUUAGCAGCAUGCUUUCUCAAAUACACACUAUCACUAUCUAUAAAUAGAGGCCAUGUUUAUAGUUCCUGCAUGUAUGCAAUGGCAGUAUCUUGUUUCCACAGCUGCACACAGCCAAUAGCCAGCUAUUUAAGACACGAUCGCGCUAUUUCUCCAAUGGCAACAUGGACCGAUCGCCCGCCUGCAGCUGUUAAAGACCUGAGCAGCCUAUUCCCCACUCAUCAGAGUAGGUCAAUGAUGGCAAUUUUUUAACUGCGCGAAAGAUAUCACUCUUGGCCACCGACACAGACAUGGGGGCGAACGCCAGCGCGUAUGAAGAGGACGAUGAAACCAUUACAGUAAUGAAAGGCGUUAGGUUGACAGAGAAUGUCAUUAAUCGCAUGAGAGGAGCCUCUGCAUCAGCCAACACACAAUCACCACCCACAAUCCCAGUGCCUUCACUUCCUGCCCAAACUACAGCACCUCUGCUACCCCUCUCUGCUCCCGGGGAACCUCCUCCUCUCCCUGUGGAACCUGCUCCUGCGUCUCCUCCUCCCUCGGUGGAAGCUAUUCUAUCUUCUCCAUCUGCGGAACCUGCUCUUCAGUUUGCUCAUCCUCCUUCUGUGGAACCUGAAUCUACUCCCUCUCCUCCUCCUCCUCCUCCGUCUGUGGAACCAGCACCUUCUGCCCCUCCUCCUACCUCUGUGGAACCUGCUCCUCAGCCUCCUCAUCCCCCCUCUGAGGAACCUGCUCCAUCUCCUCUCUGUGUUGAAACUACUCCUUUAUCUCCUCCUCCAUCUGUGGAACCUACUCCUCAGCCUCCUCCUCCUCUCUCCGUGGAACCUGCUCCUUCUGCCCCUCCUCGUACCUCUGUAGAACCUGCUGCUGCUCCUCCUCCUACCUCUGUGAAACCUGCUCUUCCUUCUCUUCAUCCUUCUCUGGAACCUGCUCCUUCUUCUCCUUCUCUCUCUGUGGAACCUGCCCCUCCUCCUCCUCGCCUUGUGGAACCUGCUGCUCCUGCCUUUGUGGAGCCUGUGUCUCCAACACCAUGUCCUGUUGUGAGUGAAGAGGGGCUGUGCAGGACCGUCACGCAGGAGCAGGAGCUGCAGAAGGGCCUGGAACAGCACAUGAGCCUAACGGAGCUGGAAGUACAUCAGGGGGUGGAGCAGGAGAAGGUGCAGGCGCAGAUGCAAGUGGAGGAGAGGUUUGCGGAGGAGAGCCUCAAACAGUCCAUCCUGGCAGACCGCGCUGCCGCCCAGGAUCACCGGCUACGAGCCCAUCUCUAUGCCCAUCAGCUGGAACAGAGGAUCAGAGAGCUGAAGAAACAGGAUGCUCUCUACAGGGAGCAGGUGGCCAAGCUGGAGUGGAGGGGGAAGAGGUUCUACAGCGCCAUCACUGAAAGCUACCAGAAGGCAUCCAGGGAGGUCAGUGCCAAGUUUAGGCAGAACCAGAUUAACCCCGUCUGUGCUGACCUGCAGAGGGAGAUUCUGAAGUGUUACAGAGAGAACACGGGACAUACGCUCUCCUGCUCCAAAAUUGCCUCUCUCUACCUGCAGUGUGUCACUGAAGCUAGACAGAGUAAGACGAGACCAGGCGAUUAGUGUUGUGUGUUCUGCACUACAGUGAAGCAGCCACACCCCUCUUCUCCAUGGAGGUGUUACCAUAACAACAAGAGGGAGGGACACACUGCUACCUUACACAUCCAGCAGGGGUGCAGGUCAUCACAAUGAAACAGAAGCCUAUUUUUUUGCCCCAGAAUGUUUGGCUAUAUUUACAGAAUAAACUAUCAUCUUGUAGCUUUUUGUAGAGGGAUUGAUAUGCAAGGCUAGAUCUGGAAAUCGUCUCAGUAGCCAACCUUAAAUGUCAUUUUGACUGACAUGCACGUUUUGCUGGUAGCCUAACCCAGACAUUAAGAUAUUUUUCAAUUGAAAUUGCCUGAACAUAUUUCACAAGGGAAACCUGGUUUUGGUUAUGUAAAUAGCCAUAAGGCGGAUUUUAAUGGUGCAGACCUGUUUAAAUCACAGCAGAGGCAGGUGCACUGCUGGGCCAGAAUUGCCUCAGAUCUGUGCCGGAGUCACAGGCUAUCUGGAAUAUGCAUUCUGAUGAUAAAAAUUUAUUUUCAAUACAGCCAUAAUUCCAAAAUGCCCUCAGCAUACCGGAGGAAUGAGCCACAAGUAAUUGCUAAAAUAACUGUUUAGUUAAACAGCUAUUUGGCUUGGCACGCUGUUUGGUUGGUUUAAAUUUGGCAACAUGGCUCACCAUUACGUUGCUGUGCGAACGAAGGCGUAGCAUAUUUAGCCAAAUUUGUAGGCUAUUCCCUAAUGUAAAUGGGCUAAUAUCAAUUUGAUCUCUUGCAUCGUCGUUUGGAAUACUGAUUUUUGAUCAUAUUUGUCUCUAUUCUGUUUAGCCUAGAAACUUUUUUUAUCCAGGAAAACUUUUUAAUAUUUAAAAAAAAAAAAAAAAGUGCCUGCUUCUUGCCAGUGUGAGGUUUUGGCGCCUAAUUUGCACAGGAAUGAGUUCAAUGAAUUUCUGUAACUCUAUGGCAGAGUUAAUCAGUAAUACUAUUUACCGGCCGUGGAAGCCAUCUUGUGGUGGUGCCACAUGCAGAAGUAUCAAAUUGAAUAGGACUGAAUGCAACCACGUGAGCACAUUUCCCUUCUAGUUCUUAUCCAGUUCAUUGGAGGACACACUGCCUCAGAUAUUGUGAAACCUACACACAAUCUUAGAGGAUUUCUCAAAUUUUGGAAAUGGGGGGUACACAUAUCUGUCUGUGUCUGUGUCAGACUGGCAUUUAUACACAUAUCUGUCCGAAAUUGCCCCCUAAAGUAAUGGGAUUUUCAGUUUUUUUUGUUGUUAUAUUAGGGACUGAAAUAUAGUUGCCAAGCUGCUACACACCAUAUUAGCUAAAUCCUUACAACUGAAUGUAUAAAAUCAGAUUACAGUUGCAACCCAAAAGACUGUAAUGCUCCAGACAAUUUCAAAAGCCAAAGGCAAGAUUACCACACCAGAUGAUAAUUGUUAUACAUUUAUGACUGAUUACAUUCAGCGUCUGCUGAUUCAGUGCUUUGUUCCUUCAUCCCCUGUGGUCAGGGACAAUACUGCACUAAUGCUCCUGAGGAGAGGUUUGGGUGGCUCUGUCGGCCAUUCCAGAACCCGAUUCACCCUUUCACCAUUAAAAUUACUGGCCAGUUUUUGCAGUUCAUUGAGCCAUUCUUUUUCCCCACAUUCCACCAUUUCUCAGGAGGUUGGCUUAAUUGAUAUUCAAGGGACUGAGGGAACAAUUUCUCAGUUUUUCCCUAAUUUGGUGUUUUUUUAUCGCCCAAGCGUCCUGUGUCAAACACAGUGUGGCACUAAAUGGUACCGUGCAAAAAGUGCUGCACAAAUAAAACUGAAUUGAACUGACUAUCCACUUGGGUUAAUGAAAUAACUAUUUAAAGGCAUAAGCACUAAAUCACAUUUUUUGAGUUCUAAGCCUGUAUCCUGUCUCUAUUUGAUACAUCACAUUAAUCCUUGUCUAAAAAUAAAAAUGAGCCAUGCACUGCUA